CAGUCCAAAAAAGGGUCAUCCCAUCAACUUGCACAGUGAGAGACAAGCUGCUACUACUAAUAACAUUGGCAUUUGUAAUUUUGCAUUUUGCAUAAACAUUCAAAGCUCUUCUCUUUUUCCUCUCACUCUCAUCGAGAAACCAAAAAAAAAAAACACCCCACCAAGAAAGAAGUAAGAAACUAGGUAAUAAGAUGGUGGCAGAAACAUGGGAGAAAGACCUGUUUUAUUAGAUUCUGUUGUGAAGGUGUCAAAAAGAAAAUCAUAGGGUCACCUAGUAGUUAAGUUCAUCAUGUCGAGGCAAGCUCAUCUUCCGCCUCGUUGCCCAUUUCAGAAGAAACCGUUAACUUGCCCUGUUCAAGAUCCUUUUAGCCCACCAUCACACCAACAUAACUCGUUGCCUCCUCGACAUCAAAAAUCUAUUUCCCAAAGCUCCAUCUUAGAAGAGCAGCCUGCAUGGCUUGAUGAGCUGCUUAGUGAUUCGGGAUCAAAUUCUAGUGGCAUAAUGCAUAGGAGAUCAGCUAGUGAUUCUUUGACAGUUUUGGAUGGUCUUGUUUCAUUUGAAGGCUUUGAUAAGUUUGACGAAACUGAAUCCAAUGCGUCUUGUGAAUCGGAUAGUAGUUCAAAGACUAAUUGUAUCUAUGGUCCUAAUUCGCCUCGUGGAAAGAGCAAUAUAACCUUUGCAGAGAAUGCUAUAGUUUCAGCAUUAUCAGAAUAUGUGUCUCCAAACCCUUUACAAUAUUUAGAUAGGUGUGUUUCUGUGUCUGGAGCUGCACAAUUGGAGUUAGUGGGAAAUGCUUCUGGUGCAGCAGAUGAUGUCAGUGCUGAGGCAAAGCCAAUGAAACGGCAUCCUGGACAGAGGUCGAGAGUUCGUAAACUCCAAUAUAUAGCUGAACUAGAGAGAACUGUCAACACAUAUGAGGCUAUAGAGUCAGAUUUAACUGCCAAAGUUGCUUCUCUGCUUCAGCAACGUGCUACUUUAUCAAUGGAGAAUAGAGAGCUAAAGCAACAGAUGCUCAGACUUCAGCAAGAAAAAGUCAUUGUUGACGCUCAAUACAGGUCAUUGAGGAAAGAAUUGGAAAGACUGAAAUGUUUAGCGCGUUCUCGCAAUGGUAAGCUGAGCACCAACUUCAGGCUGAGUUCUGCUACUGAGAUGACUGGUUCGGAUGCAGCUUGGCAGAUGCUGGACUUUGGAAAACUGGAUCUCAACUAGAAGGAAGUCGAUCUCGUUGGACACCUUUUCUUCAUGAUAAAUAUCCUGCAGGAGCUUGCGCCAUCCUUUUAUCUAAUAAAUGCAUCCCAUCUACAAGUCAGGGUUUGUUGCACGUAUUGGCUCUUGAAUUAUUAUUCGAGCAGUAGAAAUGUAGGUGAAACUCCUUCAGACUCAGCUUGUAAAGCCUCUUUAGAAUGUAGUUUGUUCCAAAUGGUAAUUUUUAGGAUCAAGACAUUAACUGUUUAAAAAUUUGAUGACUUGACGAUAUUAACAAAAAGAGCAGUUCAGUGCACAAAA